CUGUUGUUAUCAACACCGUAAGAAACAGAUAGUGUUUAUUGCUGUGUGUGCUUUUUUAAAGUAAUUUAAACUACCAUUUCUUUAUUUUCUUUCUCGCCUAUGUUCGUGAAUUCUAGUGUGUAUAUCAUGUAAACAUCAAAGAAAAUGAAAGAGCAAAAGUUUUACCGCUUUGUACAAACUAUUUGCAUGGAAAUCAUUUUACUAUCUAAAACAAGAGUAAAGAUUUGGUGUUAAAAGAGAGAAGAUGUUUAAAAGAAAGGUGACGUUAAAAAAUUCACGGAACAUUAUCAAUACUGAUGCUGACCAAGAUACAUUUAAAAGAAAAAUUAAUUUGAACAAAAGAAUAAUUAGUGAUAGAAACUGUUUUCAAGAAAGCAUACUCUCUUCAAGCCAAGAUAAUGAUUCAUCAUGGCCUCGCGCUGCUAUGGAUAGCUAUGAAGUAAAAAAACCAAGGUUACAGACCAGUCCUCACAGUUUACCUGAAAAGACAUCCGACAUAAGAAUUUUCUCAGGCAUCAAAGUCAAGCAGGAGAAGAAAGCCUUCUCACAAACUGGGGAAGAAACUAGUUUGGAUGUGCGCAUUAUUUUGAACAGAAAGGAUGAUUAUGGUAUAGAGCACAAUGAAUAUAAGAAGAGGAUUAUUGAUGUUAAAGAUGAAAUACAGACCGAUAUAAAGACAACUCAGAGCAUGGAUGAAGAUGCCAAAAUUGAUAAUGCUGAAGAUGGGGAAAACAACGUUGAAAUAAGUAGCUCAGUCGAUACUGAAAACGAAGACGAGAUUUUAGAAAGCGAACCCGAUGUACAGUGUGUUAAAACUGUUUCUAGCGGGCACGAUGUCAUUGAACAUGAAAUAGUGAGUGAUAAUGAAGAAAAUAUGUCGGAGAACGAAGACAAAAACUGUCUUGAAAAUAAUUUACAAAACAUUGAUAGUGAGAAGGAAAAUAAAGAAGAAAACUUGAUGAACGAGAGGGCAACACAACAUAAAAACUAUGAUGUAAAUGUAGAAACAGAAAACGUAAUUAGCAAUGAGAAAAGCACUCUUGCAUUAAAUGAAACGGGAGAAAAGUUAAAAAACCCCGAGGAUGAGAAAACUUCUGAACAUUUCAAGAAAAGUAGCCGUGUUAUUAUGAAGCAGACUAAACGUAAUGAAUCCCCGGAAAAGGCCAACACACAAAGAGAAAAUUCACGAAAGACAAAAAAGAAUUUAAAGAUUUCAUUCGAGAAAUCUAAUUCUCAGGUUAUUUAUGAUAAAACUAGCAUUGGGUCAGAAUCGGACUCGUCUAAUUUAUCCAACUCUUCGAGAUCAUCUUCAUAUUCUGCUUCUUCAUCAUCUUCAAGAUCGUCCAGUGAGACCCAUAGUAGUUCUGGUUCGUAUUCUGAUUCCGAUAGUGGCUCUGAAAGUUCCAGUAAUUCUAGUUUUUAUUCAUAUUCGUCUGGUAGUUCCAGAACCAAAAACAAUGUAAGAUCAGUGGUGUCAAAGCGAAUUCGAUCACCCAAGCGGUCGCCCAAAGAUGCGACAUCUCCUGGACAAUCCUCUAGAAAUCAUUGGUCUUCCAAGAAUCGCCGAUAUUCACCAGAUGGACGGCGGUCCUUGCACCAAAAUGACCGUUAUGGUCUUAAUAGACCUGCAAGUCGACAUGGAAUACGAUCUAGAGGCGAAAAAAAUUCAAGGUUUAUGUAUGGCAGGUCACCUCACAUUCCCUUCGGUGGGCCAUCGAGGAGUGAUCGUCGUGUGGCGUUUAGGGAUCGAAGUCAACAUCUAGAUAGAUCAAAAGAGCCGCGACUGGGUGGUAAAGAUCGCAUUACGCAUGCAUCACGCAUGACUAUAAGAUCAUCUGAGGUCAAGAAAAAUGUUUUUUCAGAAAAAAAUGAUGUAUCUAAACAUAGUGCCGGUGUUCAUGAAAUUGAAAAAGGAAAAAUGAAACUGUCGCGUGAACGUAGGAAAUCUGAAAGACCAGAAGAGAAAUCAAAGAAAAUCAAUGUUACUAAACCUGAUUUUGAUUUACGGUCAAGACUGGGAACGAAUAAAGAUAUAAACAAAAGUGAAGAUGCUCAAAUGGCAAUAAAACAAGGAGUGAAAAAAGUUGAAAGAAAUCGUGAUUAUGACGAAUAUAAACAUGACAAUAGAAGAGAUGUGCACAAAGUAACUGAAGUAAAAAACUAUAAAGAAACUGAGCUGGAUGCCAAGAUCUUACGUAUUCAAAGGAUGAAUGAAGAAAUUCGUAAAAGACAAGAGGAGAUAGAACAAGAUAAGGUUGCUCAUGCCUAGCGACUUGCUUUUGUAGCUAAUUCGUUUCUGGUUAUCACCUUAAUUGAGCUAGCAGAUUGUACAGUAACAAGCGAGAAUUUUGUCAAUAGAAUCAGAGAGUUUUAGAGAAUUCGUAAAUUUAUUUCCUUUAUUUAUAUAUAAAAUGAUUGUACAAGGAAGUUGUUUAUUCCAAGUAUAGAGACUAUACAUUUUGAUCGAUCUCUAUGUUCUGCCAUAGUAUGAGCUUUGAUAAAUAGUUGGAAAACUAUUGAAAAGUUUCCUGAAGCAAGUGCUAAUAUAUUUGUCGUUUGAAUUAAUUUAAAAAAGAACUGGAGUACUCUCAGUGAUUUCAGUUUCUUAUGAUUCGCAGACCAUCUUGAAUGAAAUUUCGCGUUCUCUUUAUUCACAACAAACUCAUUAUCUGAGCUUUAUGUAAAUAAACUGUUGUUGUGCAUGCUUAGCUUAAAAUUCUCAUAUACGAUUAUGAGCUAUAUAAAACACAUUAAGGCCUUUUGACGUAUUUAGCAUGUUUAAAGAACUUUUGUGAAGUGUCAUUUAACGAAUUAAGAAUAUGGCAGAGUGAUGAUUAA